AUGUCGGAUGCGUAUUGUACCGAUUGCAAAAAGGAGACGGAGCUGGUGUUCGAUCACUCCGCCGGAGACACCUUGUGCUCCGAGUGUGGACUGGUUUUGGAGUCGCACUCGAUCGACGAGACCUCCGAGUGGCGUACCUUCGCCAAUGAGUCCUCCAACAGCGAUCCGAACCGUGUCGGUGGUCCGACCAACCCCCUCCUCGCCGAUAGUGCUCUCACCACUGUCAUCGCCAAGCCCAACGGUUCCUCCGGCGAUUUCUUGUCUUCUUCUCUCGGGAGGUGGCAGAAUCGUAACUCCAAUUCCGAUCGUGGCCUGAUCCAGGCGUUUAAAACCAUUGCCACCAUGUCCGAUAGGUUGGGACUUGUUGCAACUAUCAAGGAUCGGGCUAAUGAGAUAUUUAAGAGGCUGGAGGAUCAAAAGUCAACCAGGGGAAGAAACCAGGAUGCGCUUUUGGCAGCCUGCUUGUACAUAUCGUGUAGACAAGAGGACAAGCCACGAACUAUUAAGGAAAUCUGCUCUGUUGCCAAUGGAGCAACAAAGAAGGAAAUUGGAAGAGCGAAAGACUACAUAGUUAAAACAUUGGGGCUGGAGACUGGCAAUUCUGUCGAAUUGGGCACCAUUCACGCUGGUGAUUUCAUGAGAAGGUUCUGCUCUAACCUUGGAAUGUCUCAGCAAGCUGUUAAAGCUGCUCAAGAAGCUGUGAAGAAGUCUGAGGAAUUUGAUAUCAGGAGGAGUCCUAUAUCAAUAGCAGCAGUAGUUAUCUAUAUCAUAACACAGCUUUCUGAUGACAAGAAGCCUCUCAAAGAAAUAUCGCUAGCGACAGGAGUAGCAGAAGGGACAAUAAGGAAUUCAUACAAAGACUUGUAUCCUCAUCUUCCAAAGAUAGCACCAAGUUGGUAUGCCAAGGAAGAGGACCUGAAAAACCUCUCAAGUCCUUGA